GCUGUAGCUGCCGUGUUUAGGUACUUCAAGGCCUGUCCCCCCUUGGGAACCCUCUCGAAGCUUGGAUAACUUCUCAGCUCUCAUUAUUCACGCCUCUGCAUCACGCACGGCAACAUCAAUCACAAUGGCCAGAACAACGCUAACUCGCAUUCCCCUCGCGUACCGCAUCCUCUUCCUCUGGUUCGAACCACUCGCCGCCUUCGCCGGGUCCUUUGUAAUCUGGUUCUCCCCCCAAAUGUUCCUCAACACAAUGACCCCGACCGCCAAAUUUGCACCCGACAAUCGCGUCGUUUACAAUCAGGUGGCGGCGACAUACACGCUGUUUGCCUACAACGAAGCGAUUCUUCUCCGCGCUACCAACGAUCUACGUGUUUGGAGGACUGUACUGAUCGGGAUCUUGAUCUGUGAUGCGCUGCAUCUGUAUGCGAGCUGGCUUGCCAUUCCUGACAUGUUUUGGAAUCCUGCGACGUGGAGAUGGGAGGAUUGGGUCAAUUUGGGGAGUUUGUGGGGGCAGGGCGCUGUGAGAAUCGCGUUUUUGAUGGGGGUUGGUUUGCAGGGGAAUACUCGUGUCAAGGCGGAUUGAGGUCAAUUUGAUGAAGAUGAGAGAGCGAUGAGGCUCAAUGCGAUGAACCGACAGUAAGGCACAGGCGUCGGCAUUAGCAUCGUGGCAAUCUGGCCAGAUUCUUGGCGACAGGCACCCUUGUCACGGCAGCACAAUCGGCAAUUGAUGGGCCCAAAAGUGCCCGUCAAUGCUCAGAAGGUGAGCUCCUGAGAGUUCACUGCACCAUUGUCGCUUCAACCCAAUACAGUCCUAGCAUAUGAAUGCGCCACAGCAAUUACUAUGUAUGAAGUAAUUAAACUUCGAAUUGAUCUCUUGAUUAUUCUUCAUCGCUAU